AUGAUGGGAGUUUGGCAGGAUAGAAGAAUCUCUUACAAGAUUGGCUUUGUUGGAGUCAUACUGGGUGUUCUCAUGUUCAUUGUAGGCUUUUGUGUACCAUCAUGGGCACAUUUGACAUUCGUUUAUGGUGACCACACACUCAGCAUGGGAUUAUGGCAGAAGUGUACUGGCGACCUGGGAAUAUGCACAAUAUCUAUAGACCAUGAUAGCCCAGGCUGGUUGAAGGCUGUGAGAGCCUUGAUGUGCACGUCCAUGUUUUUCGCGGUCUCUGCCUGCAUCGUGGGUCUCUACUGCAACUGUAUUCUCAAAGUCCAGUUUGCUUCAUCAUUUUUCAACAAAAACAUGGAAGCAUCGGCCAUGGUUGCAGUGGCCUUUGGUGCAUUUGGACUGAUCAUCUUCGCCUCGCAAGUCCACAAUUACAGCGGUCAGAUUGGCCAGAUAUUCUGGGGAUUUAUACUGGUCUGUGUCUCCAACGCCAUAAUCGGCAUCAGCGCGUUCCUUAUGCUCAUCUCUCACCGGUUCAACAUCAUGUCGGCGCAAAGCCACUUUGCCCACCGCCAGUUUCGUGAAUCGUUCCAUGCAAAUGUACAGCUCCCUGAUUAUUCUUCCGAUGGAGGGAAUCAGAUGUUUAUCACAACCGCAGAAGGACAUAUUGAUUAUGGGCCACCUGCCUACGAAACUGUUGUAAAUUGCAUCCCCCAAGAUGAGAUCGCCCCACCGCCAUAUUCCCAAGUUGUUAAAAGUGAAAAGUGA